CAUUUUAAUGGAACCGAAAGUAGUGUAUCUUCCUUUUUCAAUUAUAAAACAGAAAGGAUUCUGUAAAUGUUACUUACAAACGAGAAAGUAGUUCAACGGAAAAAGUUACAUUGCAUCAUUAUUUUUAAACACCGUGUAUACGAAUCGGAUAUACAUACUUAGAUGCAAUUUUCUAACAACCAAUUAAAUAUUUGAACUGAGACGGUGAGGUUUAUGUGAGGUUACCUGUCAAUUUGAUGAGGAAUAGAUAUCGGUGGAGUCUUCGUAUAAUGUUUUUCUUAUUCGAGAUUAAAGACAGAAAUGCAUUAUACUGAUAUUAGUAAAAUUAUGUAAAGCUAGAACAAAAUGGGUAGCAUUAAACUUGAUGUGCAAUGGUCCCCUAUCCAUGCAAAUAAAUUCAUUACUUGGGGUUCAGAGAUUUGUCUAUACGAAGUUACACAAAUAAAAGAUAAUAUUAGGCAACAAUGUACAAAGAUUUCUGAUUCUACAGUUGCUCAUUUACUUGCUACAAAUACAAAUCAUCAUUAUGUUAAAUGUGUCGAUAUAUAUCCACAGCCGGAACCUGAUAUUUUGUUGGCUAUAGGACAAGCAAAUGGAAAAGUUGUAUUAACUACGUUUGGCGCGACAGUGUUUGACUCGCAAGGUUUUACAGGAAAAGAAUUAGUUCCAAAACAUGCAAGGCAAUGCAACGCUGUUGCAUGGAAUCCUAUAGACACAAACUUAAUUGUAUCCGGUUUAGAUAAACAUAGUAAGGAACAUUCAAUUUUGUUAUGGGAUAUAAAUAAAGGAUUGCAAACUUCUGAAAGAGUACAUCAUCAUUCUAUGGUACAAGCUGAUUCUAUAAGACCUAUCGCAGAAGUUAGUGUUUCUGAAACUAUACAUUCUGUUGCUUGGUUCAAACAUGAACAAAAAUGUAUGGUAGUUGGUGCAAACAAUAAGCAAUUAAAAAUUAUUGACUUUAGAGAUUCUGCAAAAGUAAUAAAUACAGCAGCGACCAAAGCAGUUUAUAAUGUGUCUGUUAAUCCAUACAAUAAUUAUCAUUUAGUCUCCAGUGUGGACAAUCAAAUAACAAUUUGGGAUACUCGAUGUUUUGAAAAACCUGUUUUAACUUUAUUGCAAGGUAGACAAGUUACUAAGGUUCUAUGGUGUCCGACUAGACACAAUCUUCUGGGAGUUUUACAAAAAGAUUCAGCGACACUGCAUUUAUUUGACAUUCAACAUUGUGGAAUCGGUGGAGGAGAAGACACAGAGCCCGGAGCAUUAGAAAGAACUGUUGCUCCUCCCUGGCACAAUCCCAUAAGUUUCUCAUGGCAUCCAACGCAUGUAUAUAGAUUACUGGCCAUAUCGCAACAAGGACUUACAGAUUACACAGUUUGUGAGAGGAUUACAGUAAACUGGUCCACAAGAUCUCACCUCGCAUGGAAUCAUGCUUCUAAAUCGUUUAAAUACAUAUGUAGUAAUGAUAGCAUUUACAAAGCUUUGGAUGAUAUUUCUAUUUUAACUAAAACGCGCGCAGCUUCAGAAUAUGGAUUACUUCCAGAGCUGGCUCAAAAUGGUGAAUUGGCUGAAAAUGAUACUCUGAAGAACCUAUGGCAGUGGUUAUACUUAAGUCGUUAUUUGGUCGAAGAUGGCACUAUACUUAGUCAGGAUAACAAACAUCCGGGUGUUAGAACAGUUUUAAAAUUGGAUGGUCAACAAGGGACUAAUGGUUUCUUGAAAUCAGAAUUGAUGUAUCGACCUUGGACAGAUAUAGGAUCCAACUACACUGCAAAAAUUUACAGGUCUCUGGACAGAGAUAAAGGAUUACUUUUGUGCGGCUGGAGGUUUGAUAAAGAUACAAAUACCCUCUAUGAUAAUUUGUUCUUAGAAAGGUUGGAAAGAGACGGGGAAUACCCAAGAGCAGCUGCGAUAGCUGUGUUUAAUUUAUGCUUGCGACAAGCUAUAGAAAUUUUAAAUCGCGGAGCAAGUAAAAUGUCGAUGUCAGCAAACUUAAAUAUUGUUGCUAUGGCCUUAUCAGGAUUCUCUGAAGAUAGAAAUAGUAUGUGGAGAGAGUCAUGCUUGAAAUGCAGAUCUCAACUUUCAGAUCCUUAUUUGAGAGCAACUUUUGCUUUUCUAACAGCGGACGAUUCUUAUGAAAAUGUUUUAAAUGAAAAUGGCAUGGCAGUCGAAGACAGGGUCGCGUUCGCACUUAUGUUUUUAUCAGACAACAAAUUAAAUGAAUAUUUGAAAAGGUUGACUCAAAAGUUGACAGACGAGGGAAAUUUAUCUGGUUUCCUCUUGACAGGUGCAAGUUUGGAAGGUAUACAAUUGCUAAAUCGAUAUCUAGAAAUUACAGGCGACGUUCAAAGUUGUAGUCUCAUAGCUAUUAGAGCAUUUACAGCCAAAUUACUUCAAGAAACACAAGUUCAAGUAUGGAUAACUAGCUAUAGGAAUCUUUUAAACGCGUGGAAAAUGUGGACUCAGAGGGCACAUUUUGAUAUUGCGAUGCGAUCUUCGACAAAUGAAAAACCUCCGCAACAAAUAUAUGUUUCUUGUAAUUUUUGUGGUAAAAGUAUAUCUGCAUUUAUGCAAGGUCUGAGUAGAGCAAGAGGACCUUUUGGCAGAUUAGGAAGUACGCCUAACAAAUUAAAGAUGUCUUCAUGUCCAAAUUGUCGAAAACCGUUACCAAGAUGUGCAAUAUGUUUGAUGCAUAUGGGUACCGUAAGCGGAUUACAAAUGACUACAUCUGGCGUUAAUAGAAACGACGAAUGUGAUAACAAAUUAACGGAGUUUAAUAAUUGGUUCACAUGGUGUCAAUCGUGUAGGCAUGGUGGUCAUGCUGAUCACAUUACGCAUUGGUUUCGGCAACAUUCUGAGUGUCCAGUAACAUCUUGUACUUGCAGAUGUUUCUCCUUGGAUGCAUCGUGUAAAGUAGGAUUUUAGGAUAUUAUUUCGAAAGAUUUAAUAAAUUAAGCUUAAUACACGAAAGAAAUACCGGUUAAUAUUAUCCAUACAACACGAUCAUUUACAUUGAUUACGAAAGAAGAAUUCAUGAGUAACGAUGUGUGUAAGAACUAUUACAUACAUACAAGAAGUUUACAAAAUGUAUAUUAAUAAUGAUUUAUAUUCCUGUGACGUCUUCUAACAUCAUCCAUUUUUCUGGUCCCAAUACAUUCAAUGUAACCAUAAAUUCAUUGUACUGAGUAGUGUCUGUAGUAAAACCUUUUCUUUGUUACAAUUUUACAAUAAGAAUGAUAAAAGGAAAAGAACUGUUGUAACUUACCAAAUUUCUCUGUCAUACUUGGUGGUAAUAAUAUAUAGU